AUGACGGGGGUCUUACAAGGCGACACUAUUGGAAAGAUUCUUCGCCGAGCGGGGCACUUUCAGGAGUUUGUCACCGCCUACCUUGCUCACAUACUCCUAAAGGUCGCUGUUUCUCAACCCUGUGCGUCGACCAAGAUCCGGAAACCUGAGCUUGCGGUUGACUUUGGUGGAGAGGAGGACAAGUAA